UGAAAGUCAAAUUUGUCAUCUAUCUACAAAUGCCCGUCACUGAGUAAACAGUCAAAUGUUUGGCAGCCUCCUCCCAAGGAUCUUUCCAAGCUUUGAACAAGAAACCGGGCCAGUUUGGGAACAAUAAUCAGUAGCUGCAUAAGAUUUCCUUCAUGAAAUUUCUUGCUUAGAACACCAUACUUCUCAGCUUUCAGUGACACUCACAAUUUGUCAUUGUACAGCGGGCCAGACUAACUUCAUGUAAAGGAAUCAGAGCAACAAUAUUGCCCCCAACAAAAUAAUGGCAGAGAACAAGAACCAGAAGCAUUUUAUUCUUGUACAUGGGCUAUGCCAUGGGGCUUGGUGCUGGUAUAAGCUCAAAUCCCUGUUGGAAUCUACCGGUCACAGGGUCACGGUGCUUGACCUCAUAGCAUCAGGCAUCAACAUGAAGGCAAUCCAAAAUGUUCAAACAUUUCACGAGUACACCAAACCGCUGUUAGAGAUUUUGGCCUCUCUUCCUCCUGAUGAAAAGGUCAUUGUCGUGGGGCACAGUCUAGGAGGCAUGAAUUUAGCCCUGGCCAUGGAUGAGUUCCCAAACAAGAUUUCAGUUGGUGUUUUCUUGACAGCUUUCAUGCCAGAUACCCUACACCAGCCAUCAUAUGUUUUAGAAAAGUAUUUGGGAGGUGUCACGGAAGAACUAUUGCAGGAUGCUCAGCUUGUUAACAUUGGCAGCCCCCAAAUUCCUUUCACGAUAACUUUUAUGGGCCCCAAAUUCUUAUCAUCCAAGCUCUAUCAUCUAUCCCCCGUUGAGGACUUGGAACUUGCAAAGGCAUUGAUCAGGCCGGGAUCAUUGUUUACGGAAGACCUGUCCAAGGCAAAGAAUUUUUCGGAUGAAGGGUUUGGAACCGUAACACGAGUUUAUGUUGUUUGCAACGAGGAUAACGUAAUGGUUGAGGAAUUCCAACGCUGGACGAUUCAAAACAAUCCGCCUAAAGAUGUGUUGGAGAUUAAGAGCGCAGAUCAUAUGCCAAUGUUCUCCAAGACGCAAGAAGUUUGUGAUUGUCUCUUGGAAAUAGCAAAUAAAUAUGCUCAAGGAAACUGAUUGUUUUCGUAUAAGCUUUUAGUUUAUGAGUUUUAAGUUGAUACGGAAUGAAACCAAGAUGGGUUCUAAGCUUGUUUCAGCACAGCUCCAUCAAUGGGCGAAUAUUGAACUAGUUAAAUUAAUAAAUUGUGAUAAAUUUAAAUACAAUGGAUGCUUCGGAGAUAAUGUAAAUCUGAAUCUGGCCUUUGUAA